AUGUCCUCCCCUCCCCCAAAUCCUGAUUCAAGGUCUCUUCCGAGGGGCUGGCUUGCGCAAUACAACUGGGAAUACAAAGCAUGGUUUUAUGUGAAUGAGAUGGAACAACCUCCCCGAUCAUCUUGGGAGCAUCCCCUCGGCCCGCCCCAGUAUACUCCUCCCCCUGGCCCUCCCCCUCCUAAUCGUGAUUUCAACCGCUCUCCUUAUGAUGGCGGCUACAACCAGGGUCCCACUUCGGGUGGUUACGCGCCUUCUUACGGUGGUGGUUACGGUGGUGGGUAUGGUGGCAACCCGCCCCCUGCUGGAUAUGGCGGCAAUCCGCCCCCUGCUGGGUACCAGAGCUACCCACCUGCAGGAGACAGAGGCUUCUUUGGCAGGAUGUCUUCUCAGCCCCAGCAACCCGUCUAUCAGCAGCAGCAGGCUCCGCCGAGGAAGAGUGGACCAGGGAUGGGCACUGCUCUGUUGGCUGGCGGUGCUGGUCUAGUGGGCGGAGCCCUCCUCAUGGAUGCCUUUGAGGACCAUGAAGAUAAUGAAAGAGAACAGGCCUAUGACCAAGGGUAUGACAAUGGCUACGACAACGGUAAUGACAAUGGCGACAAUGGCGGAGGCGGAGAUUGGUAA